UGGCCAAUUUUCGUGAUGGGCGUGGUCUGAAAGCUGCACUCGGCUGACAGAUGAUUGCAGCCGACACAAGUGCAAGUGACAAGUGGCGGAGACGAGAUUGUAAGCAAAUGGAGUCAUUUGUUUCACUUAAAUUCAGCUGAUGAACCAACGAUGCAUGUGAGACAUGACCAACAAGGCCCCCUGGGAUAACUCAAGCAGAAUGUGCAGCAUGGAGCCAACAGCUGGCAGCUUCCCCACAGUCUCAGAGGCUGAGCUCUACCGCAGCAUCCAGGCUGUGCUGCCCAGGGAAACGGACAAACAGCAGCUACCAGACUGUUUCAACAAAGGCAUGCUGAGAUGGACGCUUCAUAAGAAGGUUCAAAACAACCCUGCUAACAGCUUAUCUUUGGUGUGGGUGCUGAUAAAAGAGCUGGAGAAGGCUGAGAGAUGGGACUCCCGCAACUGCCUCAUCCCCCUGCUCCACACACUGAUGUGGGCCAUCAUUCAGACAGCCUUCAUUCCAGACGAGCUGUACAAGCGGGUUUAUGAGUUCUGCAAGAGACUCCUGACCUUCCCUAAUCCCUAUGGCACUGUAGGCCUCAGCUACGCCAGACAGAUCAGAACUGAACGGGCUGUUCCAGGUCUGAUGUAUCAGAGGAUGAUUAUAGCAGAGCAGGGACUAAAAAAUGAGCACUAUCCCUUCCAGGAGAGGGUCUUUGUACUCGCUGACCCAGAAGUCUUCUCUGGUUCUUUGGGUGAAGUCUUCAUGGGGGAUAUCGAGGCGUCUGCUUCAGCUUUGGGUGAAUGUCCCAGUCCUCUGGAUCACAUGCGCAACGUGGUUCAACACUCCAUCCAGUCUGCUUUAGGAGCAGAUAAGUGUGACGGGCAGAAACUGGAUCAAGCCCUGAGGGACAUGGGCCAAGACAUUGAGGCGUACUUUCAGGAAGUGCUGGCGACUGUAGAGCAGAGCGCUGAGGAGGGCGGCAGAGGGGACGGGGGAGUACUGAGGAGCCGUCUACUGCAUUUGUACAAAGAGAUUGUCUCUGAUGCAGACUCAGAGCCAUUGUCUGUUGGUGGACAACUGUGUGACUGCCCUCUUCCUAACCCUGAGAUGAGCUUCCACCUGUGGACAGAGGAUCUGGAUAUCUGGCGAGUGCUGGCCAAGUGGUUUCGAUCCAGCUCCAUGUCAGAGCAGUUCUCCCUCGGUCAGGAAUCUGAGGACUUCGUCCUCGGUGAGUCUCCAAGCGACCUGACACCAUCAGACAUGACUCGCUUCUCCGUCAUGUCCAACGACAGUGGCAUUGAAAGAGAUCUGCCUCCCAACGCUGAUUCCUUCCCAUCUUCUACCCUGGACUCCACCAGCACGAGUGCAUCAUGGGAGCAAUGCAAAAGUGAGCAAGAUUCAUCGAGGCUGUCGCGGCGUAGAGCCAUCAAGAUGAAACCGUCAGUGAAGGACAACAUGCUGCUGAUGCAGGACACGCUAGAAGACCAAGCAAGCCUUGGAGGAGGAAAUGGAGAUAGAGGAGGACGGAAAGGAGUAACUCUGCAGAGGAGGGCAGGAAGCAGCACGUUACAGAACCCCUUCAACAAGCAGCAGAAACAAUUCACUGCCAGGAUAGUUGCCAUGGGAGACGACAGGGUACUUGGACACCUGGCCAAGGCUUACUACUUCUUCAGGAAAAGGGAAGCAAGGAGACUUUUUCUUACCAUGAAAGUCAACCUCCAGUUUUACUACAUCCCUGUUUGCAGGCCUACGACUCCCAUCUCCCCAAGCAACGAAAACCUCAACAAAUCCAAGGAAAAUCUCUGUGCUCUCGGCUCUUAUUUGAGCAUGGUGGACCCGUGGUACAACUCUAACAUCCGGGGUUUAGGCUGCAUGAUCCCUAAAAUUGCAGAGAUGCAAAAAGCAAACCCAGGGAGGCCAAAAGAACCCUUUGUGUCUGAUGCCAUCUCCUACUAUGUUCGUACCGGUCAGCAGCCUGUCUACUUCCACAUCUACUUUGUGAAGAUCACAUUCAACAGAGUUACAAAGGAUCCAGUUGAAGAUGUGUUUCUUACACACGUUGAAGUGGAGUUCCCUGAGUUCAGACAGGUCAUGGUGUCGAUGAAAGAGAAACAGAAGAAGAGUUCGGGGGAGGUCUGUGGAGCUGUUGUCUCAAUAAAUUACAAAAGGGUAUUACUAAGUGGCCGAGAUGUUGACAAAGGACUUUCACUCAGGACGUCAGGCGCUCAGAUCAGUGCCAUUACCACCAAUGAAGCAGAAGAUCUGAACUGUUUGACAAUGACGCUAAAUGAACCUCCAACUAAAUCUAAAAACAAUGUUGGGCAAAGUUUUCGGACCAACAACAUAAAGUUUCGUUCUUUGGAGAAUCGAUCUUUCACUGUCACACUGGACAGGGAUAAUCGCAGGACUUACAAAGAUGUGCAGAGCAUUGAGAUCUCCCCUUGUCUCGAUCCUGGAUACUGCGUCCAGAAAACCAUGAUGUCCAAAUUAAAGUUGGGUAAUAACAAAGACAGUGGACUGAGCCAAUACAUGAACAAAGGACUUCCUCUACCAAUCAACACAUUUGCUGGUAUCAUCACCUGACAUGGAAUAACCUCACAUAGAAAAAAACGUGACACUGGAGACUGCAUUACAUGUUUGAGUGUGGAAGCGAUUCUUGCUUCCAUGACAACAGAGGUCCUGUCAGACACAUGGAACGAUUAAAGGAAUUACCUGGGAGUCACGCUGAGCUGCUCCUGAAACCAACAUGUUUCUCUUCUGUCACUAAGGACAGUGCAGAAGGAGACAUCUGUAUUUUCAACAUGUAGUGAAAUGCAACACAAACAGUAUUGCUGAGACUCUGUACAGUCAGUGGAAUAACCUUCCCUUUACAGUAACAAGAACAAAAUGGCACCACUCAGAAGGGAGGGCGAGCAUAUUUGAAGACAAUUAAAAAUAUGCAGAUUGCAAUUAUGCCAAAGAACAAUACUGCCUGUAACACUGAAGAGACUACCUGGAAGAAGAAGAAAUAAGAAGGAAUAUUAUCUGUGGACAAGAGGAUCACUACUAAUGUGACUUUAUUCUUGAAAAUCUGUUGUCUGAAAGUCUGAUGUGAAGGGAAUUCAUGUCAUAGACACACUACCUUUCCACUGCCUCCCUACACAUACAUACGUAUACAGUACACACAAAAAUAAAGCAGACAGACUUGUCAGGUCAAUCAGCUGUUGCCGGUGAAAGAUUGGUAACUCUUUUAAGUUCAGAAAUGCCUUUCCAAAAUACUCAGAUAACUUGUUAUACUUGUAUCUGUCUAAUAAUGCAGGCUGUUAUGAAAGUAAUAAUGAUACAAUCUUUGGCCACAUGCACAGUGAGGGAUGACUACAGGACAGAAGUACCUCUGUGUUUUACUGCAACACACUGUAAUGUGGAUCGUGCAAAGACUGAGCUGGAAAAAUUCGCAGAAAGACUUCGGUCUUCUCAACCGAUAAGUUGCAUCGUCAAUAAGAGCUUAGACUUGUGGACACUCAGGAGUGGGACUUGCAAACAUUCUGGUGAAUGUUGAAUAUACCUUAAUAGAGGUGUGAAAAUCCCCUUUCAUAUGGCUCUGUGUUACAGCAGGGAAUGAUUAAUAAUAAACUGCUGUUACUAAUCUGUUUGCACUAAAACAGCAGGCUUUUAAAUGUUUUACUUUUUAAAUAGAAGCAAAAACAUGCUCUGUCACUUGUAGUUAUAUGUGAAAUUAUGUCACUGCUUUACAUGACAAUACACUUAUAAUAACUUAAUUUUUAAGGGCAGUUUAAGACACAACAAAACUAAUCAGAUUAAAAAAUAAAAGUCUGGUCUGAGGCAGUAUUGGGUGCUUGGUAUAAAAAUUAAGGAAGGCGUGUGUGUGUAUGUGUCUGCUUGUCUGGCAGAGUAAAAUCAUGAGAUCAAAACUUGUGAUGUAUUUUGCACAAUAUUUUUAUCUCACGUCAUGUGAAGUGGAUGCUAUUAGAAUAUAAAUGUGUAAAUAAAUUAUUUGUUGUUUUUUAAGUGUUUUUUUUUUUUUAUUGUUAUCUUUCACUUUGUGUCAAUUUUGGCACUCUUCUUACAUCUUGGCUGAUUUUGUCCUGAACAUGCACAUUGUAGUGUAGUUUUGUUUUCAGACAACAGAUUCAUUCUGCUUUCUUUAACACUAAAAUACUACUGUGAAUAUUUCCAGGUGAAAAUGUUAAAAAAGGCUUCUUCUUCAUUGUGCUGUCAACUGGCUGGUACCAACUCUCAGCAGUUACAGGCAUUAGUUGAAAAUGACAAUACAGACAUUGUUGGUCUAGU